GGAAGUGAUUGACAUACCAAUAUAUAUGAUGUGUCAAAAUAUCUUAAUAAAAAUAAUAAAAUAUCUUACAUUAAAUUAUCUAUAUAUUUAUCGUUUCAACUAAAAUCACCCAUCUGCAAUUUAAUAUAUGUUAAAUUAUUAUUUGAUCUUUAUUUUUGAGGCUAUCGUGCAGCAGUGAAGGUGGCGCUUGCUAGUUCCCGCUAACCAGGCUAAUUUCACUUUUUACAUUUCACUCGUAGCUUUACAUGAUAUCAGAAAGGCUUAUACAGAGAGUGAUCUACGUCAGCGGCCCUAUUUUAAGUACCUGGGCCUUUGUUUACCUGUAGGGUGGAGAAGGUGUGUGGGGGGCGUGGCCUAAAGCAGCAGAGAUGCCAGUGGAGGGCGGGGCCAGCAGUGCCUCGGCCUCUCGACACCCGAAACAGAAGCGCAAAGCUCACAGUCUAUCCAUAAGGAGAACUAACAGCACUGAGGACCGGCCACUGGGCAUGCACAGGGGAGACAUGCUCGACGGACAGGACUCCAAGCUGCCUCUUGCCUUAAGGAACAACCUCCUCGACCUUUUUGGACAAAUUGAAAGAGAAUUUGAAAAUCUCUACAUUGAAAACCUAGAACUGCGUCGGGAAAUUGAGAAUCUGAACGAGCGUCUGACUGGAGAUGGACAGACAGUGGACGGAGCAGACCCAACCAAAGGAGCACUUAAAGCUAAAGCGAGCCACAGCACCAGCCAACUGUCACAGAAGUUAAAGACGACUUACAAAGCCUCCACAAGCAAGAUCGUGUCGAGUUUCAAAGCCACUGCGGGCUCCAGAGCUCUGUUGCAGCUGCAGAAGGAGUACGUGGGACACAGAGACGGCAUCUGGGACCUGAGUGUGACCAAGACUCAGCCUGUGGUCCUGGGCACAGCCUCCGCAGAUCAUUCGGCUCUGCUGUGGAGCAUAGAGACAGGAAAAUGUGUGCUCAGAUACGCUGGCCAUGCAGGAUCAGUAAACUCCAUCAAGUUUCAUCCAACAGAGCAGAUGGCCCUCACAGCCUCAGGGGACCAGACGGCGCACAUCUGGCGGUACAUGGUGCAGCUCCCCGCCCCUCAGCCACAGCCAGAUGUUACUGCCCCCCCUGAUGAUGACCAGGACUCAUCAGACAGAGAGGAGGGGGAGGUGGAUGGGGAGGGCCCGUGUGAGGUGCCCACUAUCCGGGUCGCCACGGCAACCCUAAAGUCUCACCAGGGCGUUGUCAUAGCAGCAGACUGGUUAGUGGGUGGGAAACAGGUGGUCACUGCAUCCUGGGACAGAGCAGCUAACCUGUAUGAAGUGGAGACAUCCGAGCUCGUGCACUCUCUCACAGGCCAUGACCAGGAGCUGACCCACUGCUGCACACACCCCACUCAGAGGCUGGUAGUCACGUCAUCACGGGAUACGACCUUUAGACUGUGGGACUUCAGGGAUCCCUCCAUCCACUCUGUCAAUGUGUUUCAGGGACACACCGACACUGUGACGUCGGCCGUGUUCACCGCAGGAGACAACGUGGUUUCCGGGAGCGACGAUCGAACGGUCAAAGUCUGGGACCUGAAGAACAUGAGGUCACCCAUUGCCACCAUCCGCACAGACUCUGCUGUCAACAGGAUCAGCGUUUCUGCCAAUAACCGGAUCAUCGCUCUGCCUCACGACAAUCGUCAGGUCAGACUGUUCGACAUGAGCGGAGUCCGUCUCGCCAGACUGCCCCGCAGCAACAGGAUGGGUCACCGGCGGAUGGUUUGCUGCACUGCCUGGAAUGAGGAGAAUCAGUCGUGUAACCUGUUCACGUGUGGGUUUGACAGACAAGCUAUCGGCUGGAACAUCAACAUCCCCGCACUGCUGCAGGAGAAGUGACAUCUGAAAACUAAAUAUCACAAACAAGAAAAGUGAACUCUGUAAGCUAAAUACCACAAUAUAAUCCAGAUACAGCCUCCUCCUCUAGUACUGGCACCAAAGAGGAAGACUAUGGCAAUGUAGCAGGACUAAAACGGGACUAAAGCAGGACUAAAACAGGACUAAAGCAGGACUAAAACAAGACUAAAGCAGGACUAAAGCAGGACUAAAACAGGACUAAAGCAGGACUAAAACAAGACUAAAGCAGGACUAAAGCAGGACUAAAACAGGACUAAAGCAGGACUAAAACAGGACUAAAGCAGGACUAAAACAAGACUAAAGCAGGACUAAAGCAGGACUAAAGCAGGACUAAAGCAGGACUAAAGCAGGACUAAAGCAGGACUAAAGCAGGAUUAAAGCAGGACUGGACCAGGACUGGGCCAGGACUAAUAGGCACUAAUAGUAACAUCUGUGGAGAUUUAGUUAACUUGGAAUGUAGUUUUGGUAACUUUCUGACCCAAAAUAUUCUACAGUUUUCCAGCCAUGAUUCAUAAACUAAACCAGCAGUAAACCAGGGCUUUUAGGCCUGGACUAAACCGGGACUAAACCGAGACUAAACCGGGACUAAACCGGGACUAAACCGGGACUAAACCGGGACUAAACCUGGACACAAAAUGCCAAAUUCUGUUCCCGUAGAUGACCAUUCCUGGUUAAAUUCUCAUGUUAUUUGACUCUACGGUUUACUGAAAUAAUCAAAAAACUACGAAAUCUUUUGUAAUGUUCUUAUAAUGGGAGACAGUAACACAAACACAAUAUCUUUUUCAUAACAGUUAAAUGCAAGAAAUCAAGAUAAACACUUAUUAUUUAUUACAAAAUGGUGCCAAUAAUGGUGGAGGAGCUUGUAUUAAAUAUGUGACAAGAUCCAUCCAUGUGAAUACAGUGUGGCCUCUUAAAACUGUAGCAUUUCCACAUCUUCCACAGUGAGUUAUCUUUACAUUACUGCACUGACGAUCACAACAAAUGCUGUAAAGUAGUCAAAGGUUUGGGCUUUUAAAGUAGUCGUACAUGGUGAGUCACAGGUUUAAGUUGAAAAGCUAUCCGUGGGUUUUGGAGAGAUGAAGAUGAAACAUUGGGAUUGUUGAAUUAGAAUUUUACACUAAAUAUUGUAGCUUUUCAAAAGGUCACAAAUCCUCAAAAUGGCAGAAAGUUGAAACCCAUGAAUAGAAGUGGUGCUACUUAAGUCAUGUACUGUUCACAUUUUAAGUCAUUUUGAAAACUAAUUUGGUGUUUUGAUUUGAUUAUUAUUCUUACUCGUUUAUAGUUAUAGCUAUUCUAAACAAUUGUAGUCAGAUGAAAAUUUUCCGACGCACCAUUCUUCACCAUGGAGAUAUUACUCCUUUACCUGUAAUGUACCAUAGUAUAGCAUUAAUGGUAUCUACCUUGCAUUUAUUCAGUUACAAGUGUUUUUACUGCAAAAAUAUAUACCUUGAAGAUCUGAUCCGUAACUUGGCCUGUUGGCGUCACCUGCUUGUCACCAUGGAGAUAGGUUUAAUGCCAUAUUGUGGAAAAUUCAAGGCAGCACAAUAACUUUUCUAUGGAGAGAAGCAAAUACAAACAGCAAAUAAUAAGCAAAUAAUUAUGAAAUUAAGCUAAAGUAACAGUAGCCACUUAAAUGAAUUGCUAAUUGAUAUAAAAACUAUGUGUACUUUAAACAUGGUCUUAUCUGAACAAAUGAAUACUCAAGCUUCAGACCUAAAGUUGCCACGUACAAAUCUACUUUUAAAAGCCUAAACAGUUUGUAGUCAUGUGUUAGGCUACAUUGACCUGGCUCGUGUAAUGCUUUUUCACCUGUGAGUAUUUUUCACCUUCUGAGUAUUUUUCCUUAUAACCUCAUUUUGAAGUACAUUGCUGUUCAGCGUGGACAGUUCAAAUCUACUUUUAUGAUUUGAGUUACUGCUGUUUUUUUGUGCAUGUAGAUAAAGUGUAAAGUUUGAGAGUUAUAAUGUAGAGUUUAUUUGUAAAUAUCUGUGGCCUAUGAUGUGAGCUGCAAGUUCAAUAUGUAAGGUUUUGUGAAUGAAAAAAAGCCAUUAUGAUUAUAAGGGAUAAUCUGGAUUUUUUUUUUUUUUUUAAGUACAAAUCAGUCUAAAUAAAAUAGAUUUCAACCCAAUUAAAAAAAUAUAUAUAUAUGAAAGUGUUGUGGACGAAUAUGAAAAUUAAAUGAUAUAAUUAAUUUAUCUAAUACGAACAAAAUAUCUAAUCCAAAUUCUAGAAAAUAAUUUUAUGACAUCAGAAAAAAUAUGAAAUUUACCAAAUAGAGUAGUAUUGCAGUAUUGUAGUAUUUAUAUAUAUCUGUAGGCAUACCAUAUACAAUCCUACUUAAAAAAAAUAAAAAAAAUAAAAAAUAAUAAAAUUAUCCCUCUAUAAACUCAUAUUUUGACAAAUUUUGUUGAAAAUGAAUAUUAAUAUUUAAUUUUCCUUUUUUUUUUUUCAUUCACAAACUCGAUCUUAAUUGUUUCUGAAGUUGCUGUAAUUAUUUAUAGACAGUAAAAAUAGUUGACCAAUGGACCUGACACAUACAUAAAAUAUCUACACAAAAAAUACAAUGAUGAUCCCAAAUAAAUAUAAUGCUGCCUUUUUCAGUUUAAUGAUGUUAUGUUAAAUGAACUUAUAUUUUAAGUUGAUCAUCAUAAAGUCUUUUUUUUUCUUCUUUUUUUUUUUUUUUUGCUUUGGAUCACUAUAAAAAGGUUGCACACUUUUUUUAGGCUCAACAUUUCAGUUUUUUGAGUUAUUAAGACGAUAUUCACUAAUUUAAAAUGCAUUAUCUUGCCAAAAUUUUCUAACAUGAAGUUAUAUACUUUCCCCCUCCCCCUUAUUUUUAGCUUUUAGCCUUUAGCAUCCUGUGUUCCAAACCUAUUCAAAUGUGAUGAGCACUUUUUAUUUAAAGCCUGUUGAAGGUCAUAUAUUGGUCUACUAUUUUUUACUCUCUACUGCUGUAAUUCUGCCUUGUUCCAUGUUUACAAUGGGAAAAAAAUAGCUGUACAUUGUCAUUUUUGCCUUUAUUAUUGGGAUGCAAGUGUCAAGACAAGCAUAGCAAUAACUUUGGGAAACGUUCAAAAACACCCUUCAAAAUAAGAGUCUUGUGUCCUGGCUGUGGUGUACAUUGUAAUAUCCUUUAUUUUGCUGGUUUAUUUUGAAAUUCACUUCUUGUUGCCAAUUCAGAAACCUCGUACAGUGAUCCGGUGCGUUACUGGUGAUGUCAUUUCAAUACUAGUCUGUCAAUAUGGAGUUUGUGUGUUUACAUAGAAAUCUUUGCCUAUACAAUUCAUUUCUUUAGCACUUUUUGUUGAAGUAUGAAGUCUUUCUGAACACUGUUACUUCCAAAAAAAUACACAGUUGUCAUUAACCUCAUGUUUGCUGGUCUUAAAGUGAAGUUCAUUUCUGUACCAUACAAAUAUGUAAUAAAAAAUAUAGACUAAUACAUGGAUUUGGUUUAAAGUAUAAAUUGACUGCAGCAAGA